AUACUCACUUUCAAAAGCUUCUAACUAAAAAAAAACUCCAUAAAGAAGCAGAGUCUUCAUCUCCCAAUAUUUCGUCCCAUCCUUGGAUAAAAAUUGUACUCUCAAGGGACGAGGGCGAACAGUUUCGACUAUCUACUCGAUUAGGCAUGGAGUCGACCAUUUUUCUGGAAGCCGCAUAGCCAUAGAGCCCAGGAAUUGAAGAAGUUACACAAAAGAUGGGCAAUUACAGGUUCAGAUUAUCAGAUAUGUUACCAAAAGCCUGGUUCUACAAGCUCAAAGAUAUGAACAAGACCAGAAACUGGAAAAAUGCAAACCCCUCCAAGAAAAAACAGCAAAAUACAUCAUCAUCAGUUGCUCAACCAAUUCAGCCAUCAAUAAACAGUCAAAUAUCUCACCUCUCUGACCAAAGAAAAUCUUAUUAUUUCACUAGAGAUCUUAUUCCGGAACCAAAUAAUCUCACAUUCUAUACCAAUCCAUCAUCCAUUACACAAGUUUGCGAAAAAAUAUAUACAGAACCGCCAAGAAAAUCAUCCAGGAGGAGACAAAGCACGAUGAGGAUCAGAAAUUCUAGUGUUCGGCCUUCUUCCAGGCUCGUCACCAACACGUCCAUUUCAGCGGGUUGCAGAUGUGAAUCCAAUGUCCAAUCCGUGUGGACUAAACCAGAUUCAACUCCCGAAGAGUACCCAAAUUCACAAAAUGGUAGUUCAUCGUCCGGGAACGAAUCUCUCUUGCCCGAAUAUGGUUCAGACAGGGAUACAUUUGAUGCCAUGCUUUCACGGUCAACCUGCAGAACUGAGAACGAUAUCAUUAUUGACAUGGAAAAUCGAAAGCCAUUCGACACAAAAUCUGAUGCUGCUAAUCACAAGUUCGAUGGUUUUGAAAAUCUUCCUCCAAUCAUCACCAGGCAGAGUAAAACAGGCGAUACGAAAAAGGAAACAAAACCGACAGAGACUAAUAACCCGACCAAGAUUCUCAGAACCUCAGCCAAAUUUGAGGAAAAAAAUGCAUUCGGAUCCCUUUCUGUUAAGGUUGUCAAGAAGGACAUUCUGAGAACUUCUCCCAAACAACAUAAGACUACUACAAGUCCUGUCCGAAGAUUUCCAGGGAAUUCACCAGGUCUCAAACUGAGGACUAAUUCUCCUAGGCUUGCAGCGAGCCUGAGAGUUCGGGGUCGUAAAAGUACAGUGUCUACUUCAAGUUCGAGCUCAAGAAGAAGUGUAUCACAGAGUUUUGCAAUUGUGAAAUCAUCUCAGAAUCCACAGAGAGAUUUUAGGGAAUCAAUGGUGGAGAUGAUUGUGGAGAACAACAUCAGAGCAUCAAAGGAUUUGGAGGAACUUCUUGCUUGCUAUCUUACCCUCAAUUCUGAUGAAUAUCAUGAUCUGAUCAUCAAAGUGUUCAGGCAGAUUUGGUUUGAUAUUAUUGAUAUUUGAACUCUUGUAAUUUUUAUUUUUUUAUUAUUAUUAUUUUUUUUUGGGUAGAUUGUAGAGUACUCUAAUUAAAUAAUCAGCCUCUCUUUAGAGGCUAGAGCAGUAGAGAUUCAACUGUAGUACGAAGAAAAAAAAUUAACUAAAUUGUCGUUCA